UCGCCCCCGCUGUCACAGUGAAUGGAUGCUGCUAGCUUUCGGCAAUGUUGUUAUCAGAAUGAUAUCGCAGCGGGACAGCGGGGAUUUCGCUCGUUUUUAUACCGUCACCGACCCCACGAAGCACCGGAAAGGAUACACAGUUUACAAAGUCACCGCUCGGAUCAUUUCUCGAAACAACCCAGAGGACGUCCAAGAGAUAACGGUGUGGAAAAGGUAUAGCGACUUUCGGAAACUUCACCACAACCUCUGGCAGCUGCACAAGAACGUUUGUAGCCAGUCAGAACUCUUUCCACCCUUUGCCAAGGCCAAAGUGUUUGGUCGCUUCGAUGAGGCAGUGAUUGAGGAGAGGAGACAGUGCUUGGAGGAUCUGCUGCAGUUCUCUGCGAACAUUCCCACUCUUUACAGCAGUCAGCACAUCCAGGAGUUCUUCAAGGGAGGCGAAGUCCACGACGGCUCGGAGCUCAUCGGACCGUUGUCCGAGCCCUUUUUCGAAUUCCUGGCCGACGGUUUGUCCGGCUGCAGCUCGGACGUUCAAAGAGACCUCGGUUGUGGUGAAGAUUUGACUGUCACAUCAGAGUAUGGAGGCCCGUCCAGUGACAGCAGCGACUUGAACUCGCCGGCCGUGGACACCGACUCUUUGGCCGAGCUAGACGAUGGCAUGGCCUCGGGCCGCACGUCCCCGAACCACCCGUACGGGGGCGCCGCCAGCGUUGGCAGCAGCAGCAGUAGCAGCAGUCCCCGCUUGCCCUCACUGCACGAUCGCCGCAGCGCCCCGUCGCCCGCCCCCGCUCCCGGUUCCCCGGCCCCGAAACCGGAGGUUAGCCGGCCCGGCCGCGCGUCGCUAUUCUCCAAGAAAGCCGCCGGCCUCAAGGAGAAGCUGAAGGCGGACUACCUGGACAAAGCCGGCGAGAUUAUCCGUGUGGCGGUGCGGAAGGAGAAGGAUCAGGACUACCAGGCGGCGUUCGCCUUCUACCGCACCGGAGUGGACCUGCUCCUUCAAGGUGUUCAAGGCGAGCCAAGCCCCACGCGGCGAGAGGCAGUGAAGAAGAAGACCGCUGAGUACCUGAUGCGAGCAGAGCAAAUAUCCAGCCAGCAUCUUCACAGCAACAUGGGCCAAGGAUCUACACAAACAGCGGUGAUGGGGGCGCAGUGCUGCGCAUCCACCAACAGAGGGAGCCAGCAAAGUCUUUCCGACGAUCUCGGCGCUUACAGGGUGGUGGGCGUCAUCGAUAAGGUUCUUUUGGUCACGGACAAGAGAACACGAGAGAUGUUCGUCGUGAAAGGUCUGAGGAAGAGCAGUGACUGCGGCCGACUGAAGAAAACCAUCACGCCUCGCUCCGUGCCCCACAUGGUGCAGCUCAAGAAGCUCAUCGACUCCGAGGACACCGUCUUCCUCCUGCUGCAGCAUGCCGAGGGUGGUAAGCUGUGGUCCCACAUUGGGAAGUACCUGCGGAAUUCCAGUCCAGACGAGAGCUUUGACAUUCCUUUCAUCCAGAAGAGCCAUACAUUAGCCGUGCAUACGCCACAAUAUGGCGUGAAUUCAGCUAGUUCCAACUGUGGGCCUGUCGCCGGUUGGGAUUCUGUGCCACAUGUAAACAAGGAAGUCAAAGACCCGGCUGCUGCCUCCUCACGUAAAAGCGGCCUCCUCGCCAGGCUUGGCAAUAAAGCGGCAGCCCACUCAGACUCCGGCGCCACCUCUGAGGACGAGUGCACCAACAGUUAUUUAACACUUUGCAACGAGUACGAGCAGGAGAAAGUGGAGCCGGACGCGCUGGAGGAGGACAACGAAGCGAGGAGCGAGCAGGAAGCGUCGUUCGACGUGCCGAACGGGGCGGCCGCCGCCGCCUCGCGGAGCCGCUCGCUUCUCAGCGACGACAGUCUGCCGUCGCCCGUCAGCUGCCAGGAGCUCGGCUUUUUCGCCGACGCGCCUGACAAGAGGCGAGACGGUGAGGGGCGGGACUACGGCGACGUGCUACGCGCGCCGCUGUCUCUGGAUCAGUCCAAGCGCACGCCCAUGGAGUUUUUCCGCAUCGACAGCAAAGACAGUGCGAGCGAGGUGACCUGCCUCGACUGGAGGGAGCAGCCGCAGCCCCCCUCCCAUAAACAGCCCCCCCUCUUUUCUGCAUCCGAGGUCGUCGAGGAGUUUCAAGAGCUGGCUCCGGAGGUCGAGGGCCACAGUGCUCACCUUUGGGGGUUAGAUAUUGCGAAUAAAGGUUCCAAUGAGUCAGUGCCGGUCAUUUCUUUUAAAGAGGCGGUAGUGGAAGAUGAGGGUCAUCCGCCGGACCUCUUGGUCAAUCUGCCCGUAACAAGCGUGGCCGCAGAGUCUCAACAAGCGGAAUUGGAAACUUCCAUGCUGUGUCUGGGCCUUGAGGUCGCGACCUCUCCUCAAAGGUCCAUCAAGCCGGAUGUUUUACAGCUCCCCGGCCAGCUGGGGGGAGAGGAAGGACGGCAGCCUUCAUCUUUGUGUGCAGCCUCUCCAAAUUGUGACCCCGGUGUUGCGUCUUCAUCCGCCUUGACCUCACUCUGGGACGACUACAGCUUGACUUUUGGACAAGAAGACAAAGAAAAAAUGUCAGUUGAACCUCCAUGCCACCAUAGUGACUCUUUCCCCAGCCCAGGCCUUCCGGUGGCCUCCUCCCUUUGUGAAAAAGCAAUACACACAGAUGCGAUUGCAAACGUUGAACCGCAAGCCCGUGAGAAAUCGCUGGCGUUCGACCCGGAGUCUGCAGCAGUUUCGCCUGACAGAGUUAAAUUCGACAAAGACGUAUCGCGGCUGUUUGCGGAGCUGGAUGAGAUGUCGAUGGCCGCAUCCCGGGCUCGUAUUCCUGAGGCGUUUGUCCGAUGCUGGGCCGUCGAGCUCGUGACUGCGCUGGAUACUCUGCACCGAGAGGGCAUCAUCUGUCGAGACCUCAAUCCCAACAACAUCCUCCUAGAUCGCCGAGGUCACGUUCAUCUAACUUACUUCUGUAGCUGGAGUGAUGUGGAGGAGUCUUGUGACGAAGAGGCCAGCGCUAACAUGUACUGCGCACCAGAGGUGGGAGGCAUUGGCGAGGAGACGGCUGCGUGCGAUUGGUGGAGUUUGGGCGCCAUCCUGUUUGAGCUGCUGACAAGCACGUCGCUGCUCCAGUGCCAUCCAGCAGGAAUCGGACGCCACACGGCACUCAACAUCCCCGAGUCGCUGUCGGAGGAAGCCAGAUCGCUGCUGGAACAGUUGCUGCAGUACAACCCCGCAGAGCGACUGGGCGCAGGAGUGGCCGGCGUGGACGACAUCAAAUCGCACCCCUUCUUUGCCAAAGUGGACUGGACCAAGUAGAUGCUGCCCAGCCCUUUCCAGAGAUGCAUGCUGGGAAACUGGCCAUCACUGUUACACUCCAGGUAGACAGAAUAGAGAUCAGCGGGGACAAAAGUCCACUUUUACGAUAAAUUUGUUUCAUUACCAAACAGCAGUGUUAUCUUAUCAUGUACAAUUCCAAUAAUUUCUAUUUGCUUGACUGAUGCUCCACUAAACCUUUGGUUUGACACUCCUUUUGUUGUUCCUAUAAGCCAUGAGCAAACGAGAGCAAGAGGUGAAACUUUGCAACACAUGCACUGACGGCGAGCUUAUUGAGAAACGCUAUGAUUUCUUUACAGACGAGCAUGCCCACAGAGAUUAGCCCAAACCAGACAGGAUGAGGAUGCCCUUGUUGGAAUACUUCUAUUUUUUAAUUACCGCCACUUGCAAUAUCAGGGGUUUACUAUGCAUGUUCGGAAGCAAAAAUGUGGCCAAGUAGUAGGUGGGCAUUAUUACAACGGGCUGAAACUCUCCAUCCAAUUGAAUAAAGUCAGCAGACUUUUGGGGGGGGGGGGCAAAAAAAAACAACAGAAAAAACUCUUUUGUAUACAACAAACUGCACUAAACACUGAAUUAAUGUUGUCAUGUAAGAUAAGAAAUCAGAUUUUGUGUAAAUAUCCCUUUUAAAGGACCUUCAAGUUUUGCAUUGAAGAAACCUAAUAAUACUCUAAUGACUGAACUUUAUAGUGAACAUUUCCGGUGAUGGUGUCUUGUCAUUUUUGCACAUUAAAUCAUCCAUAUCAA